AUGGACGUUAAUAAAGUGUUCUUGUGCUUUGUGGUAGUUUUGUUUUCUGUACCAAAAGUGCGCGGUAUCAACCAAAAUGCCACAAAUUCUUCGCUCACCGGGUACGACUACAAAAUCAUAACGGCGAAGCUGGAAUACAUUCAGGGCAAGCUGAUCGAGAUGGAAUCUGCCAUGAACAUAGAUCGAGAGGCUAUCGAAAAAAAGCUGUCUGGAGCCAUCAGUCAGCUAAGCCAAACGAUUGGCCACAAUUUGACCGCGCUGCAGACACAGUCGAAUAAAAUUCUGUAUGAGCAGGCAGCUAAAGCCAAUCAAAAACGCAUGCGAAAGGCGAUCCAAACGCUAGCAUCGAACAAAGAUGUAGCUCGAUUUCUAAUCAGUUCAGCUCUGUACGCUCGAACGAUCACAUUUCCAUCGUGCAAAGAAGAGCCAUCGAAGUUAACGGGCAAGUAUAUAAUACAACCUGCUGAAAACGAUGAACCAUUCCUGGGUUACUGUGAGCAGACUGCUUUCGGUGGUGGUUGGCUUGUGUUCCAGCAUCGCUACGACGGAUCGGUGGACUUUUAUCGUAACUGGACUGAGUACCGUAACGGGUUCGGAAGCAUGGAUGGGGAGUUCUGGCUCGGCUUGGAGAAGUUGCAUCAGAUUACUUCAGAACGAGAGCAUGAGAUGUUGGUGGAGCUAAAAGAUUUCGAAGGAAACUACAAGUACGCACGGUAUAGUGAGUUUGAGAUCGGCAGUGAGGCGGAGCAAUAUUCGUUAAAGAAGCUGGGAUCGUAUACAGGAACGGCAGGAGACUCAUUGAUCCACCAUAAGGGUAUGAAAUUUUCUACUAAAGAUCGGGACAAUGAUAACAGUUCAACGACACACCUUGCUUUGUAUUGCCAGGGAGCGUGGUGGUACGAUAACAUUUGCAUUGCUAAUGUUAAUGGACUUUAUAAGAAUGGUGAAGAUAUUCAAGCUGUGGUAUGGUACACCUAUAAAUCAAGCUUUAUGGGUAUGGCAUACACAAGAAUGUUGAUUCGUGAAAUUUAAUGAACAAUUGUAAAAUAUUUUAAUAAACCAAUAUUUUUACACAUCA